GCAGCUCACACUCUCACCAUCACAUCGACACCAUUGACGACACGUUCGAAUCCGACCAACCAUCCUAGGAGAAGUUGGCUGCAGUGUCCUGAGAUCGAGAUGGCGGUAUCUGGCAACGCUCACCGUCGCUCCGCUAGCAGCGCCUUCGUCUCCCUCGCCGUCGUCGUCCUGGCCUGCUCGUCGUUCCUUACCAGCAGCGUCGCCGAGGCGGCGUCGCCGUGCUCGAGCCACACCUUCACGGGCAACGGCGGCGGCCGCCUCUACGCGUCGUGCGCGGACCUGCCGCGCCUCGGCGCCACGCUGCACUACAACUACACGGCGGCCACCAACACCGUCGCCGUCGCGUUCCGGGCUCCGACGCAGGGCGAGGACGAGGGCGGGUGGGUGGCGUGGGGGAUCAACCCCAGCGGCCGCGCCGGCAUGGUCGGCACCAACGCCGUGGUGGCGUUCCGCCGCGCCAACGGCACCCUCGCCGCGUACCCGACGGUGCUCGACAGCUACGCGCCGUCCAUGGCGCCCGCCGCGCCCGGGGACCUGGCGUUCCCGGUGUCGGGCGUGGCGGCGGAGCACGACGCGGAGGGGAAGGAGAUGGUGGUGUACGCCACGGUGGUGCUGUCGGGAGGGAAGGGGAGCAAGUUCACCCAGGUUUGGCAGCGGGGAAACGCGGUGGUGAACGACGUGCCGGCGGCGCACCCCACCACCGGGGACAACGUGCUCUCCACCGCCACCAUCGAUUUCAGCGACUGAUGUUAAGACACACGCACACACACACACUCUCUCUCUCUCUGGCGUGUAUACGUAUAGGCCUGGCUGUAUGUCUGUGCAUGUACACUCACUUUUUAUCGCGGUUGUCACUUUCACCUAUAUAAGUAUCCCAGUAAAUAAUUGUUCCCAUGUGUCGAUCCCAGUAUAUAUAUGUAUCCCAGCAAAUAUACCGAGUACAUGUGCCAAACUGAGCGUUGGUUAGGUUCUUUAAUUUGUGCCAUAGACAAACCUCG